AUGAUAGAACUUCUUUCAGGUACUCCAUUUAGGAUUGUGAACGGCACUGAUCGGUGCUCUGGCAGAGUGGAGGUUGUGAACAGUGGUGAGUGGGGAACAGUGACUGAUGAAUGGUGUGACAUCUUGGAUGCCGACGUCCUGUGCAGAGAAAUGGACUGUGGGAUGGCUUUGGCAGCAAAAUCUGGAGCUUUCUUUGGUGAAGGUCAGGGACGUAUCUGGUUGAAUAGGAUCAACUGUUUGGGUAAUGAGUCUUCCAUUGUGAACUGUGAGCAUUCAUCAUUUCCAUCAAGGAGUUAUGGUCAUAACAAAGAUGCUGGUGUGGUGUGUUCAGCUUCCAUCAGACUGGUCAGUGGGACAGACCGGUGUUCAGGGAGGGUGGAGGUCUACCGAGGUGGCCAUUGGUCACCAGUUCUUAACUUUAACUGGGGAAUAAAUCAAGCUACAGUGCUUUGCAAAGAGAUCAACUGUGGAGAUCCUGUACAGUUUUCAGGAUCAUCUUCUCAGGUUGGAGACCUGAGAGGAUAUAAAGUCAGUUGCACUGGUACAGAGAGCUCUCUGACACAGUGCACACUGACAGAAUAUGUCAGGACCAGCAGUGAUCAUAUGAACGAUGCAUCUGUGGUUUUUUCAGUUAUUGUUAAAUUGGCUGGUGGGCCUAACGGCUGUGUUGGAAGAGUGGAGCUCUAUGACAAAGGCCAGUGGGGGGCAGUGUGUGGUGACUCCUGGGACAUGUUUGAUGCAGCAGUGGUGUGUCGACAGCUGAACUGUGGGAUGGCUCACAAAAUCACCACCACGCCCAAAUAUGGUCAUGGCACAGGACCGGUCUGGACUGAUCAGAUUGACUGCCGUGGACAGGAGUCCAUAUUGUCUAUUUGCCCACGAAGUUCAUUUAGCAACAACACUUGCAACAUCAACUCAGUUGCUGGUGUCACCUGUACAGAGGGUUUGACAGUCCGAUUAGUCAACGGUGACAAUCGCUGCGCUGGCAGAGUAGAGGUUUUCAGUGGUGGAGUGUGGGGAACAAUAUGUGACACAGAUUGGACCAGGACUAAAGCGAAGGUGGUGUGUGAGCUGUUGGAGUGUGGAAGGUCUGCGAAGGUUCCUGAGGGUGCUGAGUUUCUUCAAGGCACUGGACCAGUGAUGGAAGCAACUGAUUCAUGUUUUACCAAUGUGACAUCUCUUGAACAAUGCUCAGUCAGAGGUUUCAGAAAUUCAACAUGUGGACAUGAAAAGGAUGCUGGUGUUGUUUGUGCAGCACCGAUUCGGUUGGUCAAUGGUGACAGUGAAUGCUCUGGUAGAGUGGAGAUCUUUCAUGAAGGUCAAUGGGGAACUGUGUGUGAUGAUGACUGGGGUCUUCCUGAUGCCAUGGUGGUAUGCAGACAGCUGGGAUGUGGUCAUGCAAUUAAUGCCCAUUCUAGUUCCCGCUUUGGGAGUGGCAGUGGUCCAAUAUGGCUGGAUGAUGUGAUGUGUGGAGGUGAAGAACCAGUUCUAACACAUUGUCGCCACAAUGGUUUUGGAAAACAUAACUGUCGGCACGAUGAGGAUGCAGGUGUUACCUGUGUUGUGGAGGACAUAACAGACCUGGAAGCAUUCAUCGACCACUACUACAACCGGCAGAUCAACAUGGACCCAGACUCAGCCAAACCCAGCUCCAAAAGGCGCAAGACAGACUCUUCUACGGACACAGAUGAUUUACAAACUACUGAAAUUGAGGUCAGUGUACUUGCAAGCAUAAACAAAAAACUGGACUUAUUAGUGUCACUACACGAAGAGAUUAAAGAUAUAUGCAAUAGCCUGGAGUUCGCCCACCACAGCAUCGUUACUCUACAAAAAUCAAACCAGGACUUACAAACAACAGUCAAAACACUCGACGAACAAAUACACGCCAUCUCCAAAGAAAACAAGACUCUGAAAGAAACUAUGUUGGAUUUACAGACCCGGUCCAUGCGUGACAACCUCAUCUUUUCUGGUAUCUCCGAACAAACCUCCGACAACCCUGAAAGCCUCAUCAAAACCUUCAUGACAACUCAACUCAAAAUCCCCCCCGACACUGUUCAAAACAUUACGUUUCACAGAGUACACCGCUUAGGUAAACCGUCAUCCAAAGGACCCCGACCCAUCAUCGCAAAAUUCGAACACUUAAACAAAAAGAACUGGUCAGAAGCAGAGGAAAGGAACUCAAAGGAACAUCAUUUGGACUCAACGAACAAUAUCCACAUGAAAUAA